GGAAAGAGAGAGGACAGCAGAUAUUAUUAUCAGUGAGAAAAGGAGAGAAGAGACAGCAGAUGAGUGUGGCAUUUAAAAGGAGGAGAGGAGCUCUCUGCUCAAGCACUGAAGAGUAGUGAAGACCUUUCUUGGCAGCAGCUAGCAUUUGCAGAAUUUGUCACUAGGUAAAGGAAUCUGAGGGAGAAAGAAGAUGGCUUGCCAAGAUGUAACUCAUGUUCAGAAAAAGAAUCCUAAAUGCAAAGAGUUGGUGAUUGACAUCCCAUAUGUUCUUGAGCCACCGGCGUGGCCGCAGUGCUGCAUCUACAGGGUUCCAAAGAAACUUCGCAAGGUAAACCAAGAAGCUUAUACUCCAAAGUUAAUCUCAAUUGGCCCUCUCCAUAAUUACUGCAGGCAAGAAUUCAGGGAAAUGGAAAUGCAGAAAGUGAGAUAUUUGAGGGAGUUCUGUUUUAGGACUGGGAGGAGCCAGGAUGAUCUUGCAAGCAUCAUUGAAAAGAAAGAAAUAGAAAUCCGCCAUUGUUAUGCAGAGACCUCAACACUCAGCAGUAAAGAGUUUGUAAACAUGAUUCUAUUGGAUGGCAUAUUUAUACUUGAGCUCUUCUUGAGGACUUCUGAAAAGAAAGAACACGAAAAGAAAGAAAUGGAAAAGAAAGAACACGAAAGGAAAGAAUAUGAAGAUUAUAUAUUAAGCAAACCUUGGCUGAGGGAUGGUAUACAGCAUGACUUGCUUCUACUUGAAAAUCAGCUUCCAUAUUUUGUUCUUAAAGAUUUAUAUGAGUCUGGUGCUGAAGGCCAGCAAAUGAUCAAGAAAGUACACAAAGAAGACCUGAAAACAGUGCUCAAGGAUAUUCCCUUUCUUAAGCUUUGCCGCAAGUACUUUUCUAAAUAUGAUCGGCAGCCCGAUACCAACAUUGUUAUUGGGAAAGUAAUUAAACAUUUCACAGAUUUGCUGAGGUAUUUUUUCUAUCCAUCACACCUGGAGGAAAAAGAAAAGAGGGCCAUUGAUCGACUAUGCAGUGCAACAAAGCUUGACGAGGCUGGGGUGAAGUUCAAGGAAGUUAAAGAAAGACACCUACUUGACAUACAAUUUCAAAAGGAUAAGUGCUUGGAGCAGUGUCCCUACUUGAAUUGCUCAUGGCUCUUGAAUUGCCUACCAUGCUUGAAAUGCAUAUUCUUCUUGGAGCACAUGCAACCCUUCUUGGAACUCCCUGCAUUUGUAGUAAAUCACGAAACCGACUGUGUUUUCCGAAACAUCAUGGCCUUGGAGCAGUGCCAUUAUCCGACAGAGGCAUAUAUCUGCAAUUACAUUCUGCUGUUGGAUUGCCUUAUUAAUACUGAAAAAGAUGUGGAUCUGCUGGUUGAUAAAAAGGUUAUUGUUAAUCAGCUCGGCAACGAUGAAGCACUGGCGAGACUUGUUAACAAGCUUGGCCAUCAAAUUGUAGCAGAAGAUUCAUGCUACUAUGAACUGUGCCAAACGCUUAAUAAGCACUACGACAACUUCUGGAAUCGGAAUAUGGCAACCUUGACGACAACAUAUUUCCGAGACAUUUGGAGAGGCACUGCAACGGUUGUUGGGAUUAUCUUCCUGUUAUUAACUUUCUGGAAUAUCUUCCUCAGGCAUUUCGUGAAAAUGCCCAACAGCUCCUCUCGCUCUGGUAAUUGAAGUUAGCUUUGCUUUUUGAGUUGUUUUUUGCUACUGUUUUUCUAAUUUUCGAAGGUUGAUCAAAUGUUUGUUCCAAGCAUCUAUGGAGUGACAGUAUACUCACUGUUCACAAAUAAGAAGGUUUUAUCGUCUGUAAUUGUACAUCAAGUAUGGAAAUAAUAACGUAUCUUUCAUAAGACAAAACAGCCUUGUUUGUCGUA